GCCCGGAGAUGUGAGUGGUCCGUGCGGCCGCGACGCGCUCGCUCUCCCGGGCAUGGCGACCCUGGUGCUGGUGGCCGCGGCGCUGUGGAUGCUUCCGGCAGCCGCAGAUGGGACCAAUCUGGACCCUCCUGAGAAUGUGGAGGUCUACAUCAUAGAUGAUGACUUUACCCUGAAAUGGAACAGCAGCCAUGAGCCUGUUGAGAAUGUGACAUUUUCAGCAGAUUAUCAAACACCCGAGAUGAAUAACUGGAUGAAAUUGCCUGGCUGUCAGCACAUCGUGGGUACCGAAUGUGACUUUUCUGCACUCCAGGUUAAUGUUUAUGAAGACUUAAAACUACGUAUACGAGCAGAAAAAGGAAACAGUACUUCAUCGUGGCAUGAGGUUGACCCAUUUGUACCAUUUAUAAAAGCUCACAUUGGUGCUCCAGGAGUUCGUGUCGAAGCUGAAGAUAAAGCAAUCAUCAUAGAGAUCUCUCGUCCCGGAAGAAAAGACAGCAGCAUGUGGAAUCAGGAAGUGUUUGGCUUCCAGUACUACAUAGUUCUGUGGGAAACGUCCUCAGGGGAGGAGAAACAAACUGAAACUUUUGAUCACAGAUACAAAUUUUUUCAUCUUUCACCGGAGACUUCCUAUUGUUUAAGAGUUACAGCGAAAUUAUUUGCACGAGCCAAACUUGGUAACCCCAGUCCGGAGUAUUGCAUAAACACCACAGUGGAAAAUAAGCUUCCUCCACCAGAAAAUAUAAAUAUUGAUGGUAAAAAUGAGGACUGUGUUGUGACGUGGGAUUACCCAUAUGCUGACAUCACCUUCCAAGUUCAGUGGACCUUUGCUUUUUCAAAAUGGUUUCCUGGGAACUACGCGGAUGACUGGACCCCCAUAUCUGGCUGUGAAAACACUCAACUCACGCGCUGUGUCUUUUCUAAAAGUAACUUCUCCAGAGGUGAUUUCUUCCUCCGGAUCCGAGCCACUGAUGGAAAUAACACGUCUUUUUGGUCUGAAGAGAAGAAAUUUGAUUUUAAGACACACAUCCACCUCUCUCCUCCCAACAUUACUGUGAAAUCCAACAGGGACGCGCUUGUUCUCUCUAUCAGUGUUCCAGAAGAUGUGGAUGUCUUAUCAAAUAAGUAUGAAGUUAGUUUUUGGGAAAAUACUUCAAAUACUGAGAAAAAGAUUGUGCAAGAAAGUCGUGAGGUUACCAUUCCCCACCUGAAACCACUGACCGUGUACUGCGUCAGAGCCCGAGUGCACCUGGGCCCUCUGUGGCAGGAAAAGAGUGCCUUCAGCAACGUAGUGUGUAAAGCAACCGAGGCAGGAAAUUUUUCCAUAAUGGGGAUUAUAAGUGGAAUUAUCAUCGCAGCCGUUUCUGUCUCGAUUGUCUUUUAUGCGGUGAAAAGCCUCUGGAGAUGUUUCGGUUACAUAUUCUUUCCUUCAUCUAAACCUCCUUCCAGUAUUGAUGAGUAUCUCUGUGAAACACCAUCAAGGAAUCUUCUACUUUCCACAUCAGAGGAACAAAUUGAAAGAUGCUUCGUUAUUGAAGAUGCAGGAGCAAUUGUAAUAGAAAAAACAGUGAAUGAACCUGAUGAUCACAAAACGUACAAUUCCCAAACUAGUGAAGAUUCAGGAAAUUACUCUAAUGAGGAUGAAAAUUUGGAGAGCAGAACAAGUGCAGAAUUUCCUGAGAGGGAAGCCUUGUAACCCGGAGCCACCUGUGAACAAUGCUAGCUGCUCAGGGGCCAUGCUGGAAUGUAGUCCCCGUAUCUCUCAGAGACCAGAAGAGGAUGGCUGCCUCCUGCAGAAGAAGACACAUCUUCACAUAUCAGGGCCUGAAAUACAAGCAAGUCGGCCUGGGAAUAUAGCCUAGUGGGUAGAGUGCUUGCCUUGCAUACAUGAAGCCCUGGGUUCGGAUUCUUCAGCACCACAUAACCAGG